AUGUUCACCCCUCCGCCAUCGCCUCUGCCAUCUCCUGCGGGCGAGAGCGUUCAGGUGUCGGCGAGGGAAAAUACCAUGUUGGUGGAGAGCAAACGCAGUACUGGACGCAGAGCAAAAUGGACUGUGCUCUUCAUUCCGCUGGCGCUUAUGUUCAUCACGGCAUCAACGCGCUACAUCACACAUCCAGUUGCGUUCGAUAUAUUUUCCGAGUCCCUACCGCUCGAUUGGCAUACCUUGUCCACAAAGGGUACAGACUGGCGACGACAUAAAAGGCACCCACAGGAUGCUGAGCAAACAGUGGUGGAAACAUCUAUAAUCAGUGGAUCGACUGCUACGAUUGUCUUUUCUUCGACAGCUGCAGCAUCUGCCACAUCCGCCACAUCCACGGCUGCAACGACAACGAUUCCUGCGAGUCAACAAGCGCUACCCACAGUCCCUACUGAUCCCGAACUCCCAACUCCCUUCCCCCAGUCCUUCGAUUCCGACGUUAGCCAGAACUUCUCAAGCAUGACCUGCUACCAAUUUUUCACGAACAUGACCAACACUGCCGCGUUUCGCUCAUGUAGACCGUUCUCGGUUCUGUUGCAGACAUCAUCAUCGUUCAUAAAGGUACAGGAAAGUCUUACGGAGCUCAAUACGGUGAUCUGGGGGACCUGUAACCCAACACUCAGCUAUUCUCAAUGUGUUACCAAUAUGGCGUGGUUUGCGUCCACGUUGAAAACACAGUGCCAAGCCGAUAUUGAAGACAAUAAUUCUAAUGCUGUCGAUACACUUGCAUCCCUGCAGGCGUACUCUACCAUGUACACCGCUGCCUGCCUCACGGAUCCUACCACCGACACAUAUUGUUACGUCAAUGCGGUCCACAACUCGGACCCUUCAGAUCUUUAUUUCUAUGAGUUGCCGUUGGGAAUCAGUGUGCCUAACUCGUCCACACCAUCAUGCUCGGCUUGCACGAAGAGUCUGAUGACUGUCUACGCUGAUGGGCUAGACAAUUCAUCGACCUCGAGCUUGCUUGAUGAAUUGAGAACGACUUAUCCUGCGGCUCAGGAGCUGGCGACGGGUAACUGUGGAUCUGAUUAUGCGCGGACGGUUGCGGCUGUCGCAUCUGGUGCGCUGAUAUUACGGGCGGGUGCGACGGGUGUUUUGAUAAUAUCGGCAUUAACUGUCUGGACUUUGUACACGCUGCUUUAG